AUUGAAAUAUCAGAAACUUAAACAGGCACAAAGGGAGAUGAGCAAAUGGGUAUAAAAAGGCAUUUGGCCUGUCAAGUUAUCUAAUAUACUAUUUCUACUAUCAGCAGAGCAGUUCAGCAGUAAGCAAAUUUAAGAAACUAAAGAAGGAAGGUUAAGCUUCUAUUAAUGGCUUCAGAUAUUGGGGAUGAAGAAAGCCUUUCUGGGAACAAAAUCCAGCCUCUCAACUCCACACCCAAGUCUAACAAGUGGAAACAUGAAGACGAAGGAGCUCCCGUCACUCUAAGUGACAGACUGGCCUUGGGGGACUUCUUCUCCAUAAAUGUAUGGCGAGCUGCAGUGGCGGAGCUUCUAGGCACGGCGAUUCUAGUCUUCAUGAUCGACACUAUCGUCAUCUCCACCAUUGAAACACAUAUAAAAGCACCAAACCUAACAAUUUCAGUCCUAAUUGGCCUCACCAUUACAGUCCUACUUCUGGCUGUUUUUCCGAUCUCCGGCGGCCACAUCAAUCCGGUCGUCUCCUUCUCCGCCGCACUAGUGGGCCUCAUUUCCAUCCCUCGAGCCUUCAUCUACAUUUUGGCCCAAUGUGGUGGAGCCCUCUUAGGGGCAAUGGCGGUUAAGGCUGUAGUUAGCAGCGCCAUUCAACAAACCUUCUCCUUGGGUGGAUGUACUCUUACUAUCAUUGUCCUCGGCCCACAAGGCCCAAUAACUAUGGGCUUGGAAACGGCCCAGGCCCUAAGUCUUGAGGUGAUAUGUACUUUCAUUUUCCUAUUUGGUUCUAUUUGGAUUGUUUUCGAUGAGCGCCAGUCUAGAAGAUUUGGUCCAGUUGUAGUUUGUUCGAUUGUUGGAACCGUUCUCGGCCUGUUAGUGUUUGUAUCGACAACCGUAACAGGCGCAAAAGGGUAUGCAGGGGCCGGGAUAAACCCGGCUAGGUGUUUGGGCCCAGCGGUUAUUAGAGGCGGUCAUCUAUGGAACAGGCAUUGGGUGUUUUGGGCUGGGCCUGGGAUCGGGUCUUUGGUUUUCUAUAUCUACACGAAAAUUAUUCCGCGACAACAUUACCAUGCAAAAGGGUAUAAACACGAUGUGGUGGAAAUUGUGAAGGCGAGUAUAAUGUAGUGUAGUUGAGUAGUUAGAGUUUUUUCUUUAUUAAGCGAAUCAAUGAUUCAACUUUUAUUUAGUGCACUUUGAAAAAAAAGAAUAAUCACGAUUAAAGUUGACAAUGUUAAUAAUGUUAAGAACAUGUAUCAUAGCAAUGUAUGUAUUGUGUACUACUAUCUUCUCAUCAAUAAAAUAAAAUUAAUUUCUCUGCUU